AUGGAUUUGUUCUUGUUCCUAACUCCUCUCCAGGUAGUUCCCAAUGUUUGGAAUAGUGCUUCUAGACGAAGAGCGGAAGAUAGAGCAAGAGCUACAACCGGGAGGGGCGCCAGUCUUCCUCGAUUCCCUUAUCGAGGUCCGAACUGGCUGGACCUACCGAGAGACGUGACUCUGAACAUUCUGUGUCGCUUGGGCACCAUAGAGAUCCUGACGAGUGCUCAGAUGGUGUGCUCAUCGUCGUUCGAAAUCUGCAAGGAUCCUCUGCUAUGGCGGACCAUCGACAUCCGCCGAUUCGGUCCUCUGCGGCCCCUUUUUGGCCUCGCCUUGCAGAAGAUCUGUCGCUGCGCCGUCGGCCAGAGCUCCGGCGAGCUCGUCGAGAUCAUCCUCGGGGACGUCGCCACUAAUGAACUGCUUAAGAACAUUGCUCGGAAAUCAAGUCGGAUCAAACACCUUCACCUUAUUGGUGGCUACUUCGCAAAAGAUGGAUUGGGUAAAGCAGUUUCCAAACUUCCACUGUUGGAAGAGCUUGAACUCUCACACUGCACAUUGUCAACAAGUUCUUUAAAACUCGUUGGACGCAGGUGCCAUCAUCUGAAGUCAUUAACAUUGAGCUCCCACUGCAUAAUCACGGUCCCUUACAUAGGUCCUGACGAGGAGGCGGAGCUUAAUAAAGAGGCAAUGGCUAUUGCUGAGCACAUGCCUGCAUUACGCACUCUGAAGCUUUAUGGAAAUACGCUGACUAAUGUCGGAUUGCAGGCUAUUCUUGAUGGUUGCCCUCAUCUCGAGUCACUUGACGUGCGCAAAUGUUGCAACCUCAAUAUUGGAGGUGACGACUUUCCAUCUGGCAUUUCUGGAAUUGAUUUCAGAUGUGAUGAUCCUGAAGUACUUCCCACUAUGGUAUGUUGAAAUUAGAAGCACGGCGACUCCUUCGACUAUUAUAUGGUUUUACCUGUUGAUUACAGGGAAUGAAUGUGGAAUCUUCUCAAGUGACUUUAUCAAGGUUCAAUACUCUAUAUGUUUAUUACAUCAUCCCGCAUUUCGUUCUUCAUUUAAGCUUAGUUAUGUUUUGCAU